CCUCCUUACGGGGUUUUACAAUCAGUGAUGAGAAACUGGGAACCCUGGGACCCCUUUCCCUUUCUUUCUAUAGAGUGCGAGUCAGGUUGAAGCGUGAAGGACGAGCUCACCAAAACCUCUUCUCUUUGCCUUUUCCUCUCCUCUGCAUUGAACUUUGUUUGCCUGGAUUGUCUCUUUUGUUGCUGCAGGUAUGUGGCUUUGAGAUCUAAAUAAUACAGAAAAACCUGCUUUUUGCUCAGAGAGGUUUUAGUUGUUUUCAAUGCAGAAUGAACUGGCGUCCUUCAGUUUCUCCUUGGCUGAACACAACAUGCAGAAAGUCUUGGCUGCCCUCGGCUGGCUGCUACAAAGACUGCAUCUUAUAUCCCUCUGCUGCAUAGUGUAAUCCUCCACUGCAUAUGAUCCCUCUACUGCUGGUUGUAUCCCAGUGGCGGCUGGUGGAUUUGUAUUUUGGUAGUUUCAGUAAACAUCCCAGUAGGAUUCGAUGGAAAAGAUGGGGCUCUUGCGUUUCUCUGAAAACGCAGAAGCAUACACUAGGCUUAGCUUUAAUACGAUGACGUCAUGCGUUGAAUACACGGCGUUAGCAUGUAGCUAACUAGCCAGCUACACAUCCCAGGCUAGAAGUCUCUACAGAACCCUUGUCUGAUCGUGAGGUUCGGCUGAUCUGGGCCCAGUUUUUUCACUUCUAGUUAGUUCGCGCAGAUCUUAAUUUACAAAUAUUACCGGGUAUAUAAUCCAUGUCUCAACAACACAAAUAUUGACUAUUUGCUAAAUGCAACUCACAAAACCAUCUGUAUAUUUCUUAUACAUUUUUAUACAUAUAUAUUAUUUUGAUGAAUCAAAUGAAAAGCUGAUAUGACACUUUGCCUUUCGGACUAGGGGGCAUCUUAUAAAUAAAAUCUCUUUUUUAGGACUUUUUAUGUCUGCUGUAUAUGAACUCACAUGAAAGUAUAAAUACUCGAACAAGAUUGUUGGCUGACUCAAACUCAAACUUAACCCCCCCCCCCCCUCCACGACCCUCCUCCCGAUGUGAGGACCACUCCGACCGAGUGAGCGGGGCGAGCAGCUGAGCUCCAUCCCCGCUGAGGGGCGCGGCCUCCCCGCUGCCGGUCACUCUCUCCGUCUGCGCCCGGAGGACGCAGCGCUCCAUCCAGCCACCGAGGCGGCGGAGAUGGCGGACCCCGCAGCGGAGACCACCAUCAAGGUGGUGUGCCGGUUCAGGCCGCUGAACAGCUCGGAGGUGGCCCGGGGAGACAAGUACAUCCCCAAGUUCCAGGGGGAGGACUGCGUGCUGAUCGCGGGGAAACCGUACCACUUUGACCGCGUGUUCCAGUCCGACACUACUCAGGUGCAAUUCUACAACGCCGUGGCUCAGAAGAUUGUCAGAGAUGUUUUGGGGGGCUACAAUGGGACCAUAUUUGCCUACGGACAGACGGCUUCUGGGAAAACACACACAAUGGAGGGCAAACUCCACGACUCCGACAUGAUGGGAAUCAUUCCCAGAAUUGUUGACGACAUCUUCAACUACAUCUACUCCAUGGAUGAGAACCUAGAGUUCCACAUCAAAGUUUCAUAUUUUGAAAUCUAUUUGGACAAAAUCAAAGACUUGUUAGAUGUGUCCAAGGUCAAUCUCUCUGUGCAUGAAGACAAAAACAGGGUGCCCUAUGUCAAGGGGUGUACCGAGCGCUUCGUGAGCAGUCCUGAGGAGGUCAUGGACGCCAUCGACGAGGGCAAAAGCAGCCGACACGUGGCUGUCACAAACAUGAACGAGCACAGCUCCAGGAGUCACAGCAUCUUCCUCAUCAACAUCAAGCAGGAAAACUCUCAGACAGGACAGAAACUCACCGGCAAGCUGUACCUCGUCGACUUGGCCGGGAGUGAGAAAGUGGGUAAGACAGGAGCAGAGGGGACGGUGCUGGAUGAGGCUAAGAUGAUCAACAAGUCCCUGUCUUCGCUGGGAAAUGUCAUCUCUGCCCUGGCGGAGGGCUCGGGCUAUGUGCCGUACAGGGACAGUAAGAUGACCAGGAUCCUGCAGGACUCCCUGGGAGGGAACUGUCGGACUACCAUGGUCAUCUGCUGCUCGCCGUCUGCCUUCAAUGACGCUGAGACCAGGUCCACCCUGAUGUUUGGACAGAGGGCAAAGACCAUCAAGAACACUGUGACCCUGAACGUGGAGCUGACUGCGGAGCAGUGGAAGAAGAAGUGGGAGAAAGAGAACGAGAAGAACAAGACCCUGAAAAACACCGUCACCUGGCUGGAGGCCGAGCUGAACCGCUGGAGGAGUGGAGAGAGCGUCCCAGUGGAGGAUCAGUUUGAUAAAGAAAAGGCCAAAGCAGAGGUCCAGGCCCUGGACAGCGUGCUCAACAAUGACAAGACGGCCCCUGGACCGGCCCUCAGCCCCCUCCCCGGGGUCACACUCACCGAGGCAGACACCAAGCAGUACGGCGCUGAAAUGGCCAAGCUCUACAAAGAAUUGGAUGACAAGGAUGAUGAGAUCAACCAGCAGUCUCAGCUGUUGGAGUCGCUGAAGCAGCAGAUGUUGGAGCAGGAGGAGCUCCUGUCCUCGUCCCGCCAGGACCACGGCACCCUGCAGACAGAACUGAGCCGGCUGCUGUUGGAGAACGAGGCCUCCAAGGAGGAGGUGAAGGAGGUGCUGCAGGCCCUGGAGGAGCUGGCCGUCAACUACGACCAGAAGACUCAGGAAGUGGAGGACAAGGCGCAGGAGUUCGAGGCCCUCAGCGAGGAGCUCAACGAGAAAUCGAGCUCCUUGGCCUCCAUUGACUGUGAACUCCAGAAGCUGAAGGAGAUGACCAACCACCAGAAGAAGAGGGUGACGGAGAUGAUGUCAUCAUUACUCAAAGACCUGGCUGAGAUAGGAAUCGCCUUGGGGAGCAACGACAUAAAGCACGAGAGCAGCGGCCUCGUGGACGAGGAGUUCACCGUGGCUCGUCUCUACAUCGGCAAGAUGAAGUCGGAGGUGAAGGCGGUGGUGAAGCGCAGCAAGCAGCUGGAGAGCUCCCGCUCCGAGAGCACCCAAAAGAUGGAGGAGGCCGAGAUGGCGCUGGUUGCCCUCCAGCUCAGAGUCUCCCAGCAUGAAGCCAAAAUCAAGUCCCUGACAGACAGCCUCCAGAAUGUGGAGCAGAAGAAAAGACAGCUGGAGGAAACCGUGGACUCUCUGAAUGAGGAAAUAGUCCGGAUCAAAGCCCAAGCUUGUCUGCUUCCAGAGAAAGUCAACACACUGCAGAAGGACAACGAGAUCCAGUCUGCCAAUGAAAUCAAGGACGCGGUGGAGAAGCAGAUCCAGUCCCACCGAGAGAUCCACCAAAAGCAGAUCGGCAGCCUGAGGGACGAGCUGGACCACAAGGAGAAGCUCAUGACGGAACUGCAGGAUCUGAACCAGAAGAUUGUGCUGGAGCAGGAGAAGCUGAGGGCGGAGCACGAGAAGUUGAAGGCUGCAGACCAGGAGAAGAGCCGCCAGCUACAAGAGCUCACGGUGCUGCAAGACAGGCGGGAGCAGGCCAGGCUGGACCUGAAGGGACUAGAGGAGACUGUGGCCCGAGAGCUGCAGACACUCCACAACCUGCGGAGGCUUUUUGUCAAAGACCUGACCAUUCGAGUAAAAAAGAAUGCUCAUAUGGACUCGGAUGACGUAGAAAGUACCACCAUGCAGAAACAGAAGAUCUGCUUCCUGGAAAGCAACCUCGAGCAGCUCACUAAAGCUCACAAGCAGCUUUUGCGGGACAACGCCGACCUACGAGGUGAGCUUCCAAAAUUAGAGAAGCGUCUGCGGGCCACCGCCGAGCGGGUCAGAGCCCUGGAGGCGGCUCUGAGGGAGGCCAAAGAGAACGCAGCCAUUGACCGAAAGCGCUACGAGCAGGAAAUGGAGCGCAUUAAGGACGCUGUCAAGCCCAAAAACACAGGCCGGAGAGCCUCCAUCGCUAAGCCCAUCCGACCAGGCCAGCUGCCAGGAGCCUCACCCAUUAACACCAGUGUCAACAGGGUCAACCUCAUCCAGAACAACCAGCCUGCGGGCAUUAAGGGAGGAGGCAACAGUAGGAACAUGCAUCAAUGUGACGAGAUGUCAGAAUGAUGGGUCUCUCCAACACAACACCUUCGGGCAUCUCUGCAGUGACCCGGGAGGCAAACUGGCACCUGUCCCACCACCGGUCCACACUCCGUACCGGGUCUGUGUCAGACUUCAGCUACCACCCUGUGGUUCCCAACCCACUGCUGUCCGAGACUUGGAAACAUGGACAUUGCUUUGUGUUCCUUUCCUUUUGUGGUUUCCCUUACUGAGAACAAAGCACGGUCCACCAGCAACUAGCCAAAGCUCCAGUUUCAUUUAACAUAUUGAACUUUUACCUGGAAACACUGCACCAGCCUUCCAACAUCAAAGUGUGUAUAUACUGUAUAUAAGUAUUUCAUGUAUAUCCGUUCAAGCCUACAGCUCUAAAAAUGACCAAACCACAAGUGCCUUGUAAUAUCUACACAUAAGUUGCUCUGAUGACAGAUUAUUACUAAAUUAUGGGCCUGAAAUAUUAGACUUGGACCUAAACGUAAAAAGACACUUCUGUCAUGGUAUGUGAGAGAACAUUCUUUUUCUCUAUGCUUUUUUCCGGCUUUUCUUUUUUUAGCUUGUGUUUUUUUUGUUCAUCCAUUCAUGCAUCCAUUGGAGGGAAUUCCAGACCCUCUUUCCCCAGAAACACUUUCCAGGUCUUUCCUGCAGGCGAGACAAGAUAUAUAUAAUCGCCCCGACGCGCUCUGAAUCCUCCAUUUUUAAGUGCCUUAAAAAUCACUAAAAGGAACUGCCGGGAGGAACCGUGAUCAAGCGCCUGAACGUCCUUAGCUGGCCCGUUUUGACGCAAAGGAACAGCGGGUUUACCCCGAGCCCCCCCUCAGGUGGGCAGAAGGAAAGUUAUUUUGGCCGCUUGAAUCUGCCAUCUCAGCUAACUUUAGACCCGAUGCUCCAGGGUAACGCUCGCAUCAGGGCAAACCGCACCACUGCGCCUGUACAUCUAAUGCACUAUGUCACUGUCACUGGUGAACAAUACGCUGAGAUGCUGGAACUCCCUCAGGUCUCCAAAGAAAUCCUGCAAACGAAAAACCCCAAACGGAACAACAAACCUGGUGGAUGCCAACACACACAGCGGUAAUACGAGGACCGGAGGGUCCCCAGGUACCCCGUAUUCCCCAAAUACCCUCUGUGAAACGCUCCUGGUCCGGCCCCUUUCCAUGUACCUUUACUUUGAGAGACCCAUACCCAGAGACAUUUUCAGAUUUAAACGUGCAAAAAGCGUGUUCAAACACAUACUGGUACAAAAGUACGCUUCAGUUUAGGGAGUUAAAAACCAGGAGACACAAUAUUUAUCUGAACAUCUCGGUUUUGUACACAAGUAGAGCAAGUGAUACGUGCCUGACUUAUUUAAACUAAAUGGUCUUCUGUCAUUGGCUAGUACUUGAAGCUGAGAAGCCUUUAACUUCUCAGCUUCCCAGGCAGGCUUCUGCUCGGGGACAGCGCUCUUGUCUCAGGGCAUGAAGAGCAUUGGGAGUGGGAUACAAAUUUAAUUUAUACCCGAUAGCUGAAGGCAAGAGUCCACUAAUCACUUGGCUUGGAAAGCAUUAAUUAUGUUUUGUUUUUAAUGUGGCUAAUGUAUCCCGACUGAAUUUUUAGUAGGAGAGUGGAUGAUUGACACUUACCCUCUGAAAGUCUGUCAGCUCUGGAGCUUUGUUAUAACUCCUGACAAGUGUAAUGUAUCCUUGUGACAUCCAAUGCAACCCUUUGUGUUUUUCAUUAUGACAAUAAAGUCCUUUUAAUUGUAUUGCACAGAAUGUAAGGACAAGGCCUUCAAAUAAAAAUUGACUGAACUUAAUAUUUUCUUAAUUACACUUAAGUGAAACAUU